CCUACUUUUUCAGCUGAAAAUCGCUGUUCCCGCCCUGUCGCUGCGAAGACGUCGAGGGAAUCACUUGCAACCGAACCGGCGUUGCGCGAACAAGUCCGUAGCGCUCUGCGCUUGAAUGACGGAGGGCUUUCAGGCGCGCACCGGCAUUAUCGUGGCUUCGUGCCAGGAGAUGGCAGUUUCGACAAGCAGUCUCGACGCCUCGGGCGAGUCGAGGCGGGACCGAGAAGGCGCAACCCCCUCGGACGCCGGGCUCCAGCUGCCGCAUUCACUUCCUCCAGAGAAAUGGCCGUGGCCAUACUAUUUCGAAGACGGCCUCCGUCGGGUUUCUCCUUAUUUUUACACAUAUAACACGUGGUGCAAAGAACGAUGGCGUGGUCGCCAGCUCGUCGACAUUUUCGAAAGCGAGUUCCGCGAUCGGCCCCUUGAGUACUACCGCGCCGCCAUGGUGUCCGGCCAGGUUGCUGUCAAUGGCAAGACGGUCGGUCCAAAUUACAUUCUCAAGAACGGCGAUCUCAUAUCCCACACCACGCAUCGCCAUGAACCGCCUGUCACCGCAGAACCCAUCGGGAUCAUCCACGAGGACGAGGACAUGGUGGUCAUCAAUAAGCCGUCGGGCCUGCCUGUCCACCCGGCUGGGCGCUACAACUACAACUCGGUCGUCGAGAUCAUGAAGCAAGAGCGAGGGCCCAAUUUCGCACCGCGGCCGUGCAACAGGCUCGACCGGCUCACGAGCGGCAUCAUGUUUAUCGCAAAACAUGCCAAGGCGGCUGAGCAGCUGGGCGCCCAAAUCCUCCGACGAAGCGUCCGCAAGGAAUACAUCGCCCGCGUUAUCGGCCGAUUCCCUGACGGCGAGGUUGUGUGCGAUCAGCCCAUCCUGCAGAUCUCCCCCAAGCUUGGCUUGAACCGGGUGCGAGCCAACGGCAAACCCGCGAGGACAGUCUUCAAGCGUCUGGCCUACUAUCCCCCAACUGCCAGCUCGGCACAGGCUCGACAUUGCGGGCCGGAGACGGGCAAGCCCUCGACGGCUAACGAGCUCGGAGAAGCUGUUGAGCAGACCCGCCGUUGCGAGUCGCAGGAGGGAUAUUCCAUCGUCCGGUGCUUGCCCGUAACGGGGAGAACCCAUCAGAUCCGAGUGCACCUACAAUUCCUCGGGCAUCCCAUCCAAAACGACCCGAUCUAUGCCAACCAGAAGGUCUGGGGUCUCGAUCUGGGCUGCAAUGAUGCCGAGGCCACCCAGAACACUGACGAGGAUAUCAUCACUCGACUCUCGCGUAUGGGCAAAGACCAAGUUGCCGACGCUGUCGCGUACCACGACGAGAUGGUGGACGAAUAUUACAAACGGAAGGCCGAAAAAAUGUCGGGCGAGGUUUGUGCGCUCUGCGGCACCCCACUGUACACCGACCCGGGAGAACAGGAGCUUUCCCUUUGGCUCCAUAGUCUCCGGUAUGAAGAUGCUGAGGGAACGUGGAGCUAUGCCAGUCCAUUGCCCGCUUGGGCCUUGCCGCCGGAAGGGAGCUGUGGACCGACACAGGUUGGCGGCAUGGAGGACUUGGUCGGAGCAGCUGGAAUCGCCCCUGUUGAGUGAACACUGCAUACCACGUGGUCGAGGCAGUCGUCCGAUGGAUGCUGUUGAGCUACGUGGGUCGGUCUGCCAGUGUUCCUUCAUUGGUAGUUGUCGGCCGAAAGUCUCGGCAGCUGCCCCGAAGCAAUAAGAGAACACACGGGGAAGGAGUCGCUCAAACCCUUGCCAAGCGCAACAGCAUCUGUUGUCACUUUGUUCCUCAAACCCCAUGGAAAUCCCCACGGCCCCCGUUUCUUCCCAUUCCCGCGGCUGGAUCACG